UUCUGCUAUUUAGUGUUGGCGCUAAUCUAGUUAUCGGCCGGUAUUUUCUCGUUUUAAACGAAAAUAUAUAUUUUAUCAUUCUUUAAAGCAACAACUAAUAUUUAGCGGAAUGCAUGAUCAGUAGGGAAAAAUACGGAGUGGACAAUAUUCUUCGUUAUACAUAGUUUAAUCAACAUGAAAAUCCUUCAACCUAGCUGGGUUCAUCACGAUGAGAAAUCAAUUUUUUCCAUCGACAUCCAUCCUGGAGGGGAAAAGUUCGCAACCGGCGGUCAAGGGAACGACUCUGGUCGAGUUGUCAUCUGGAACCUGGCACCGGUUGUCAAGGAAGAAGCGGAGAAAAAUCCAAACCUGCCAAGGAUAUUAUGUCAGAUGGACAAUCAUUUAGCAUGUGUAAACUGUGUGCGUUGGAGCGGCAGCGGAAUAAUGUUAGCUUCCUGUGCAGAUGAUAGACUUAUAAUGAUAUGGAAAAAAUCCACUGGUGGUGGGAUUGCUUUUGGAUCAACAAAAACAGUUGAACACUGGCGGUGUAUUUCGACACUACGGGGUCAUGCCGGAGAUGUGUUGGAUUUAGCAUGGUCUCCACAGGACCGAUUCAUAGCUAGCUCUAGUGUUGAUAACACGGUGAUAAUUUGGGAUGCCAAGGAGUUUCCGAGUGUAUUGCAGGUGCUGAAAGGGCAUACAGGGCUCGUGAAAGGAGUAGCGUGGGAUCCGGUUGGAAAAUUUGUUGCAUCGCAAAGCGAUGAUAAAACAUUGAAAAUUUGGAGAACGACAGAUUUUAAGCUGUUUAAAACCAUCACAGAACCAUUCGAAGAGUGUGGAGGAACAACGCACAUUCUGCGGUUAUCAUGGUCUCCGGAUGGCCAAUAUUUAGUGUCGGCCCAUGCAAUGAAUGGCGGAGGUCCUACGGCGCAGAUAAUCGAACGAGAUGGAUGGAAAUGCGAUAAAGACUUUGUAGGUCAUCGGAAAGCGGUCACUUGUGUUCGAUUUCACAAUUCUAUUUUGAAGAGAACGGCUCCGAAAACUAACAAAUCUCAGCAGUAUUGCUGUUUGGCUGUCGGAGCUCGAGAUAAAAGCUUGUCUGUUUGGCUAACUGCCUUACAAAGACCUCUGGUGGUGAUUCACGAUCUCUUUCAAGACUCCAUUCUAGAUCUCAGCUGGAGUCAUAAUGGCUAUAUUUUAUUAGCUUGCAGUGGCGACGGACAUGUGGCAUGUCUCCAAUUCAGUGAAGAAGAAUUGGGGAAACCUCUCUCUGAAGAGGACAAAAAUAGUCUCUACCAGCGAAUGUAUGGAGAAGAUAUAACUUUAGGUCUUAAUGCUCCAUCGGGUAAAGAUAUGAUAAUUGAAAAUGCGGAUUUACUGAACGUUACGCAAAAGUUGACUGUACCAUCGUUGGUUCCUCUUCAACAACAAUCUCAAGUGGAGAAAACUGCCACCAAUAAGGAAACACCCAAAGAAAGUGCUGUUUCUGUUUCCUCAUCUGUAAGUCAAGAAGCGCAAAGGCCAAUUUUAAAACAAAUUGAAACAAAAACUGCCGACGGAAAACGAAGAAUCACACCGAUGUUUAUCCCAUUGUCCGAUGAGACAGAAGUCACUGCUAGCACGAGUGGGCAGUUUUCCAGCAGCAGUGCAAACAAGAGCAGCAUUAUUACCAUAGAAAAACCACCAGAACCAACGACUUCACAAAGUAGUUCGAAAGGCGAAACAGCAGCAGCUAGUGUAGAAAGUUUAAUUGACCAAACCGGUAAGUUGGAUAUACGAUUGAAAAAACGCAAGCCGAUAGAACCUCCGCUUCGAACACAGGCUUUUGCGAAUAUGAAAACUCCUACCAGUCCAGGCAAGGGAUCCGAUGCCGACACUAGUCAACAGCAGCCGGUAGUUUCUGGCAAAGCUACGCCUCUCCAGGGUACUAUAAUCAAGGCUAUGGGUGAUUAUCGGAUAACGGUUACUAACGGUUCCAUCAAAACUGGUUACGGUAUGCUAUGCCGGGUUGUGGGCAAUCUUAUUACGGUUCCGCGCAAGGAUAAACAAAUUUGGGAAUCUGUAAUAGGUUCACCUGUCGUCAACUACGCUGUGGCAAAGAAGUAUGUCGUAUUCUGCAGUAUGGAUGGAAGCAUCCGCUACGUGAACAUACAUACUGGAGCACCGGUACUGCCGAUAAUAAGCUUAACGAGUCCGGUUGUUCAAUGUGCUUUUAGUUCCGAUUGCAGACUAGGUGCCGUUAUCACUGAGAACUGCACCAUGCGAGUGUGGGAUUUAGACGAUCAAAGUGUAUUCCUCAAUGGUAGCUGCAAAGAUAUCAUGGGCAAUAGUUAUGCUACUUUACUACACAUCUCCGACAAUGGGGUCCCUUUCAUUAUCCUGGCCAAUGGGUCAUCAUUCUCUUAUAGCAAAAAGCUGGAGAGUUGGGUAAUCACAAAUUCUCCGGACCCAGUUAUGCGACAUGGACUGUUCGGCAGCAAAGUUAUUCCUACAGUGCGUAAUAUAAAAUCCUUCCCAUUGACUGCGGUCCAGUCGUUUUCCAACUUCCCAGCAAUAAAUCCGAGAAGUUUUCUGGAGGCGCCGAAUACCAGCUGGCAGAAUCCAGCAAUGCUGGCAUUUGUCGAGAAUCAAAUAAAAAUAGCGGAGACGAUAAAUUCACCGACGGAGAUGAGACACUGGUAUCUGAUGCUAGGUUUUCAACUAGCUCAGCAUGGAACAGAGGAAAAAAUUCGCCAAGUGCUGGACGACCUGCUAGGAACUUCGUUUGAGAUAGACAUGGAGGCAUCUAUUCUUGGUAUUCCAAAGUAUGACAUUGCACAGGAAAUUCUUGGCCAGUUGAAAACGCAACCUAGUUGGCAACGGCUCUACAUGGACUACACGGACCAGAUAAAAAUGCGAAAACCGGAUGACACAAGUAAGGAUACCGCUAGUUAGUACCGUUCUAUGUUUGUGAUUGAAUUGUGUUGCUUCCAUCCGGGGAAGCAUGAAAUGCUUCUCUAAAACGACGUUGUUCAACGUUAAAAGAUCUACGAAGAAGAUGUUU